ACAGUUGUCAGUCGGGUUUGGGUGUUUUAAAACAUUUUUUUGUUAGUUAAACUUACAACAUGGAAAAGCCACCGAAAAGUGCCAAACAGCAAUUGCUACAAAUUGCCGGUGAAACUCUGCUGGAAAAGCUCAAGGAGUAUAAGGAAAACAGAAAGAAAGCGUCCGAAAGCGGUGUAAGUCUAUUGGACGAAGUCAACAAUUCGGAAAUGGUUUCGGAAUCGGUGGGUCCCCGGGAACCCAAAGGUGAAUCCGUUAAAGAUUCGAAUGCCUCUAGUAAGGAGCUGGUUCGCUAUCAUUCGGUCGUUGAGAUCAACGAGUUCGACGAUGAGUUCGGAAGCUGUAGGAAUUCGUUGGAUAACAUCUACCACGUGACGGCAUCGGCGGAAUUUGAUGAAAUUGACAAGGACGGAGAGUUAUUCAAAAAGAAAGACACAGAUGUUUCAGAGGUCAAAGUCGACACAAAAUGUCCUCCCCCCAAGAAUGAAGGCAUGAACCAAGAGCUGUCGAACUUCGUCCAGAAGAAAUCGAUCGCCCAAGGAAUGAUGGAUCUGGCCCUGGUAUCGGCCAACACAAACCAGCUGCGCUACGUGAUGGAUCUUGGCGACAAACAUCCGUAUUUCUUCACCAGCCUGACCCUGAUUAUCACCAGUUUAGUGAUGCAGCUAAUCGUCGGUCUGGCCAUGAUCUUCAACAGCAGGUACAACAUUCGCAAAAAGAACGAAAUGCGAGAAGCGGAUCGAAUCAACGAUUUGUCGGUGAUUGGCAUUUUCCUAAUUACGCUCAUCAACGUGUUCAUCUCGACUUUCAAUGGAUCCAACGCGGGGUCUUUCAGUAGCGGAGAGGUUUUCACAAUGGCCCCUUCGAAUGUUUCCUCGACCAGCUCCGAUUUGGUGACAUCGACCGAAGGAAGUUUGCUCGAUGGAAUUGAGCUUGGAUCGGUUGGGUAA